AUGCAGACGGAGCGGAUCGUGCACCUGGCGCUGCCUCGAGGGCGAAAGGCCUUUUGCGAGCUGUGCCUGGCGCCGGCGACGGUGCGCUGUGGCGGCUGCGGCGUCACCUUCUACUGUGAAGUAGAACAUCAAAAUGCUGAUUGGGUCAGCGUUCACGAGAAGAUAUGCCAGCUGCUCAUUCCGUUGCGUACUGCAUUGCCAUUUUACGAUUCUGAGAAAAAGAGAAAGCAUGGGCGGGAGCAGAAAAUCAGUAGAGAGAAAUUCCUAGCAGAAGUGACUCACAACACGGCCCAGAAAUUUCUCUAUGAAGGCAAACACGAAGAUGCCAUUCCAGCCGCACUGCAUUCUCUGAAAUUCAACAUUAGCGUCCACGGUUUGAAUUCCAGUGAACUGGUGCCUGCUUACCUCAUGUUAGCGGAGGCGAGCCUUGGCCUUGGACAUCUCUCCCAAGCAGAGGAGUACCUGUCCCAAGCUCGGUGGAGUGUCCUCAAGACGUCUCAGUGCAGUCCUGCCAUUGAAUCAAAGCUGCAUCGUAACCUGGGACUCCUCUACGUGGCCAAAGGGAACUUUGAGGAGUCUUUGUACCAUCUGGCAAAUGACAUUUACUUUGCUAGCUGUGCCUUUGGAACAAAUGAUGUGGCUGUCUCAGGAGGGUAUUUCCACAUGGCCAAUGUUUUCUUCCGUCAGAACAGAAUGGAUGUUGCUGACUCAAUGUACACCGAGGUUACUGAAAUUUGGUACAAUCACUUCAAACGCUUGAUAGAUCAGCAGUACCAGUCGCUCAUGAGUCCGUCUGAAAUCAACAUGUUGCCCGAGGAGGAGACCACUGGAGACGUUCUUGAUGAAAGCCAGCAAGCUGAAGCGACGCAGAUGCUGAACGCCAUCUUGGAUAUCCGAGAGCAAGCAUCCAAGCCGAAAGUGGAUAAAAUAGCCACGCUUGUCUGCACCCUGGCCAUGUUCCAUUGCUUGAUCUUUGAUAUGCCGAAGGCUCAUGAACUUGCGAAGAAAACUCUGCACCUCAUAAAGUUGGAACCGGUCGAGGGGCUGGAAGACACUCUCCACCGCUUGGUUAAACUGAUCAAAUCCAAGCCUUUCUAUGUGAAAUAGAAGUGCUUUCGAUGCCAUGUCCCAACCCGACGUUCAAGUAACCACAACGAUGUUAGGAGCUGCCACCUGCCAAGCUGCCCUGGCAAUCAUUCAGCUGAAUCUCCUUUCAAUUUUAAUUAAAUGUAAAGUUUUUAUAUUUCUACGGAAUUGUAACCUCAGAAGGCUUCCAGUCGUCACUCAACUGCAGUGGUGGGUGAGGCCCAGGAGCGAGCAAGCAGGCCCUGUGGUGGUGGCAGCUGUGCAAGGGCUGCUCAUUACAGGCUUGUAAUGAUUUGCUCCCAGCGAGAAGGAAUGCAUUAUUGCACAAAGAUGUGCUUGCGUCGUAGCAUACAAUCAAGGCUGCAUUUAAAGCUCUGCAACCUAAUGCAGUGCUAAGAAGAGCAAAUUUCUGCAACUUGGAUGCAUUAUUUAAAUUAGAUUUAUAUAAUUUUUGCCUAGUUUAAUGAGGUUGUGCUAAUCCUGGGGGGAGGGCCAAGGAGGCAGCAAGGCCCUCUGUCCUUAAAACAUCGACUUUCCCAGCGUCUCUGAUUUUGGGAGAACUUUUCUGUAACACUUUAAUCAUAUAUUUACAACUGUGAAAACUAGAAAGUUCAUUCAUGGUUUGGGGUGGGGGGAGUUAAAUAUCUAAGGAGACUAACUUAUAUGCCUUGUACCGCACUGUGCUCCCAGACAACUGAGGUGUAUGCACAGCUGCAAAUGUGGCCUGUUAAAGAAUGCAUACAAGACACAAAACCACAUACCUUCAAUGGGGCUGGCUAAUGUCUGUCCUUUUAGAGUUGUACUUUGUAAGAUAAUUCUGUCUUAGUCUCAACCCCGCCCCCUCUCAAAUAACAUAUCUCCCAGCACCACUCUCUAUCCAGAAGUUAAUGGGAUUUGAGAAUAGAGCCAGAGGAGUUAGCCGUGUUAGUCUGUAGUUGCAAUAGUAAAAAUUCCAGUAGCACCUUUAAGACUAACCAACUUUAUUGAGACGAGCUUUUGAGAACCACAGUUCUCUUCGUCAGGUAUGAAUUGGGAUUUGAGAAGGCUCAAAAAGGUUUUGCCUCAUUUAUGGAACAGAGCAAGGCAAAGCAGGACAUUUCUGGCUCUUGUGAAAUCUGGUACUUUCUGCAUUCAUGGCCCUUCAACCCUGCUGCUUCCAUAUUUUUUUGUUAACUUAUGCAGCUGUCAGAUUGGCCUGUAGUCCACAGAAGUGUGUGUGUGUGUGUGCGCAGAGUGCCCUCAAGUCAGAGUUGACUUAUGGCGACCCCUGGUGGGGUUUUCAUGGCAAGAGACCAACAGAGGUGGUUUGCCAUUGCCUGCCUCCACAACCCUGGUCUUCGUUUGAGAUCUCCCAUCCAAUUACUAACCAAAGCCGACCCUACUUAGCUUCUGAGAUCUGGCGAGAUCAGGCUCACCUGAGUUAUCCAGGUCGGGGUCCCCAGAAGUGUACAAUGCAUAAAAAUGCAUUGAUCUUUAAGCUGCCACAAAAUUAAUUUUUUUGCCACAACGUAUGACUAAACCUCUGGAACUGCAAAAUGCAUGAUGCUCUGACAAGAUUUUGCAAAAUAAGCAUUUUUUAAAUUUACUUAGCGUAUUUAUGUGCCUCUUUUCUGUUCAGUGAAUUCCUGUGGUGUUUGCAUAAGUGGCAUUGGCAUGGAGGAUUUUGAUUUUUCUUCUUCCACCCCUUCUUCCACCCCUUCUUCCAUCUUAUAAGCCCGUGUGAACUCCAAAAUGCCUUUUGGCAAAUAUUUAGAAUCUAAUUCCAGCUCAACAAACCCACCUAUACCCUUGUGCACCUGUUAACCCCUCUCAGAGUUUUAUGGUUUUUAAACUGGGAAGUAUAGAGAUAAUAUAUCCCCUCAAGAGCCGAAUCCAGUAGGAUAGACUAAUUGUAAGGGGGGAAAUCCUAUCCUAUAACCUAUGUCCUCUUGCUUCUCUAAGCCAUUAAAAAUAACAAAAAUGGUCUAAAAUGAGAGUUUCUCUCUCUCCCCCACUGAGGUAUCACAUCAGGCUGUAGUCAUGACACAACAGCAGGCGUAUUUCCAGAACCACUAAUUAAAAUGCUGUACAUAGAAACAAGGCUGGUAAAUAUCAAAUCCCAAGGCCAAUUCCAGUGAGGGGGGAGGAGGGAAACCAUAACCUGGUUUGUUUUUCUUUUUAGUUCUUAUCUGAAGUAAAAUUGACAUUUUUUAAGAGCAGAGGAAGGCAGAUUGGGAAAUAAGUAAGUAAUGAACAAAAGGACCUGAGAGGGACAGAAGAGAGGAACCUAGUUGGCCAGACAGAAGAGGGCUGGCAGUUCCAUGCGUGAUCCGACUCACCCCCCACCCCCCAAAAUAAACUCCUUAAUAGAUAUUUCAGGACGCCAACUCAUAGGGGAAAUUACAGGGCCAGGAAGAGAAGAUGGGAGACUGAAGAAAGUAGCAGGAAAGGUACACAAAAGGUACAUGUGUGGAGAAGGGUGUGAUGAGAAUAAAAAUGAGGAAAUGAUUGAGUAAUUAAAGAGUUGGUUGCAAUACUGCCAGUGGCCAGGAGGAAAAAGUUCAUUCCCAUUCCUUGGGACUUACUCCUGAGUUGAAACUAAGAGUCUCUCUACACAAGACAUCUUACACGGGAACACUUAAGUGUAGGGAGACGCAAUGUUAGCCAAGAAACGUAGUUUAAAAAGAUAGAGCCAGCAGAGAUCGCUCCUCAGAGGAUUUGUUAAUUUCAUUUUUGCCUCCUGGAAGGCUCUUAUCAAUUUCACCUCUACUUUGGGGAGACUAAGAUGAAAUUUACAACCUCUCUGAGGUACAAUCUCCGCCAACUCUUUUUAAACUACCCUCCUGUAGAGAGGUGAAAUCAACAGCCUUCAGCUCUGUCUUUUAAAACUACGCUUCCCAACUAACAUUGCAUCUCUCUACACUUGAGUCCCCUGUAAAGGGACUCUAAAUGAAGCAGCCAGACUAGUCAAGAUCAGUCAAGUGGGGCAGUAGGGAGUUCUUCAGCCCUAAAAUUGCACUCUUAGAUUCCAAACCAGAGGAUCCAGCUUGACCCUCGCCCCCGCUAAGCUCCCACCGAAGAAGAGAUUCUCCCACAAAGACUGCCGUGAAAGCAGAAGACGCAGUUCCGGGCUCUCAAACGCUCAUGUCAUUUAUUCUGCUCAUACAAACGUCUCUUCCCAUACAUUUCUUUCCCCCCCUCCUAUUGGCACUUCAAAAA